UCAUUUUGUGUCCAGGCUGAAAAUGAAGAGCAGUGAUAUUCUGUCACAAAAACAAUGCUUCUUCUUCUUUUUGGUUCUGGGAGUUGUGCUGCUUUACUGCAGCACAAACAUAAGGAACAUGGUACCUGUCUGGAACCUUAAAUGGUCGAUGCAAAAUAAUUCAACAAACUCCGCUGCUGAACUUCCAGAAACUACGAGCGUCGCCACAACGCAGGAGCCAACGACUCAACGGCAGAGUACAGUUUCAUCACGAGUCACCAAGAAGACGCCAGAAACCCAGACUGCCCAACGGAUAGCGGCUCCUUAUGUGUCUCCUGGACCGUACUUGGUGGAGUACCCCUAUGAGUACCACUUCACUAUCAACGAGGAACUGAAAUGUAAGCAGGAGAAUCCGUUUGUGGUUCUGAUGGUACAAGUGGCACCACGCAACCGAGCUCAUCGCGACAUCAUCCGUAACAGCUGGGGAAGUGAGAAGCUGGUUAACAACCAAGUGGUGGCGCUGUUCUUCCUGCUGGGGAUGCAGACUGGAGACGAUGCAGAGCAGGUCCACCGGCAGCUGCUGCAGGAGAGCAGAGAGCAUCAGGACCUCAUCCAGGGAGACUUUGUGGACUGCUACAAGAACCUGACCAUAAAGACCAUGGUGAUGCUGGAGUGGCUGAACUCCUACUGCUCCAGCGCCGCUUACGCCAUGAAAAUCGAUUCAGACAUGUUUCUAAAUGUUCCCAAUCUGGUCGACUUGCUCCUCAAAGCUCCAAGGACAAACUACAUGACCGGUCUGGUGACACAUGCAGAACGAGUCUCCAGAGAUCCCAAUUUCAAGUUCUACAUGCCUGUUGAUCUUAUGAGCGAAGAUGUUUAUCCUCCCUAUGCUCUGGGUCUGGGCUACAUUUUGUCUUUGGAUCUCACCAAAAAGCUCGUUGAGGCUUCCAGACACAUUAAGCCUCUUUAUAUUGAAGAUGUAUAUUUGGGUUUAUGUAUGAGACACCUGGGUAUCCGUCCAACAGAUCCCCCAGAUUGGAACCUCUUCCACGUUCUUCCUCUGAGUUACAGUCGCUGUGAAUACUCCAAUAUUAUCGCGACCACAACUUUGGAAAAUAUGGACCGUCUUUGGAUUUGGAGAGACUUUAAGAAACCGGGUCGGUACUGUUGAUCAGUAAAAAACAUCCUAUGCUAUUGAUCCUAUAUUACAUGAAACUUGGAUAUUAUGAAUAAGAAUAAAGAACUAAUCUUAGUUCAGUGCAGAAAAGAUGAAAAAACUGA